CAACAACCUAGUGACAAGAAGGAAACAAAGGAAAUGAUGAUCACAUCAUAUUUGUUAUUAGAAGACCAAGAGAAGCAAGAGAAAGAGGAGUGGGUAGAAUUUGCUGAUCAAGAGAAAUUUGAUUUCGAGGCGAUUCAUAAGGAAAAAACACAAGCAAUGUUGGAUUACAAUUCAAAUUUGCAGAGUAGCUAUGAGGGUUUGGAUGAAAUUGAUGGAUUAAGGCGAAAGCGAUCGAGGGGAGCUGUGAAUUCUGCAAUGGUUGUUGCUGCUAGUGAAAUGAUUGAGAAAGGCGGUAGUAUUGAGGCUAGCAGUAAGCAAUCUAGUGGUUCAUCAGUGAGCCAUCAGCGACGUUUAUGGGUGAAAGACAGGUCUAAGGAUUGGUGGGAUAAGUGUACUAGCCCUGAUUAUCCUGAGAGUGAGUUUAAGAGGUGGUUUAGGAUGGGAAAAGCAACAUUUGAGUUGAUUUGUGAUGAGUUAAAGGUGGUUGUUGCCAAGGAGAAUACGAUGUUGAGGGCUGCUAUUCCGAUUGAUCAACGAGUUGCUGUGUGUAUAUAUAGGUUGGCAACAGGCGAGCCGCUUAGGUUGGUGUCUAAGAGAUUUGGUUUGGGGAUUUCAACUUGUCAUAAGAUUGUUCUUGAUGUUUGUGCUGCAAUUAGGUCCGUUUUGAUGCCCAAGUACCUGCAAUGGCCCGAUGAGGAUUCGUUGAGGCAGAUUAAGGAGGAAUUUGAAUCCAUUUCUGGCAUUCCUAAUGUGGUUGGUUCUAUGUAUACAACUCAUAUACCAAUAAUUGCACCUAAGGUUAGUGUGGCUGCUUAUUUCAAUAAGCGCCACACUGAGCGAAAUCAGAAGACUUCGUACUCUAUUACAGUUCAGGGUGUGGUUGAUCCUAGAGGGGUUUUUAGCGACGUGUGCAUAGGAUGGCCUUGAUUAAUGUCUUAAGGGUGAUAGAAAAGAAGUUAUAAUAUGAGCUCCUAUAACAAAUUAACGAGGAAACGAUUCAUAACUGAGUUUCCCUCCUCUCAAAUCUUUUUUUUCUGUCACCACAUUUUUUUUUCUUCCAUUGGCAUGGCUUGCUGUUACAACUUACAAGUGACUCUCUCCUCUUUUUGCAGGAUUGUGUCCAACUCAAUUUUAACUGCUUUGAUAAUCAUGAUGGCUAACCGUAGUUUAAUAUAUUUGAAUGAAAUAUAUAUGUUUGCAAAAUAUACACUAAUAAGUACGAAGUAUAUUAUUUUUAAUAGAUUUUUUUUUCUUAGUAAACUUAAACAAAAAAGUAGUAUUUUAGAAAGAUAUGUCAAAUUGGUUUUUAAGGGAUGGUUACUAUAUUAGAAAAGAUAUAUAUUCACUAUAUUUUUAAAAUAUUUGUUUCUGUAAUUUCGUUAUUUUCUAAAUUAUUUGUUUUUUAAUUUUG